GCGCUCCAUCGCUCCAACGUGCACACCCACGCCAAUGGCCUCUAACUACACCUGCAGAGCCUGCUCGCGCGUCUUAUCGAGAUGGUCUCCUUCGCACCUCCAAAAAACUUGUCCGCCCCGCCAGGCUCCGCGCUGUAGAAUUUCCCACCCGCACCGAGCCCUCUCGACGACUGCCUCAGGGUUAUACCAUGCGACGGCGACCUUGUCGGCGGCAUCGAAGCCCGCGGGCCCUGCGCAGUACAGCCCGAAGGGACCUGCCAUGGCAAGCAUAGCACAGAAGCUGCGCGAGAAAGCACCGUUGAUGACGGAGACGUAUGUCGCGUACGCCGCAACACAGCGGCUUUUGAAAGAGUGCGCAAGGCCGGGCGACUACACGAUACCACAGGCGCUGGAGAAGAACGCGGAGAUACCUCGAGACGCAACGGGCGCGCAUUUGGGGGAGGGGACGGGCUGGUGGUAUGAGACGCUCCAUCUGGCCCCGACAUUCAUAAACUGGGCGCAAAUCACGUUUAUCCACAUGUACCUGCUCCAAGUCCGCUUCCGCAUGUUCCCCAAGACGCACGCGCCGCUUUGGAUACAGCACCUUACAAACCACGCUUUCUACGCCGCUGAAGAUCGCCUCGUCGUCUGGCACAAGCUGAACUCCAACUCGCUUCGCCAGAAGUACCUCAAAGACAUGUUCUCGCAAUGGCGCGCCGUGCUGCUGUCGUAUGAUGAGGGGCUGGUGAAGGGUGAUGCGGUACUAGCUGCAGCUGUCUGGAGAAACCUCUUUGCCGGUAGGGAGGAUGUGGACUUCCAGAAGCUGGCGCAGAUUGUCGGGUAUAUGCGAAGGGAGUCGAGGAGAUUAGAAAUGGCGACUGAUGAUGAGGUCGCGAAUGGAGAGUGGAAGUUCCGAGGAGAUCCUAGCGAGGAGGAAAGCAUCGGCAAGACGCCGAGCAGGUUGAUGGCAAUCGAGGGAGCAAAAGCGUAGUGUCUGCUAUAGCAUACGAAUGGGAGCUCCGCAAUAGCAUUGAGGUCGAGGCGCUUUGCUUUCACGUGCACGGAUGCGCGAGCCCA